AUGGGCAAUAGUAAAAGUGGAGCCCUCUCCAAGGAGAUUCUUGAAGACCUGAAGAUGAACACAAAGUAUACAGAGGAUGAAUUGUGUAAAUGGUAUGAAAGCUUCCAAAAGCAGUGCCCUGAUGGGCGCAUCACCCGGGCUGAAUUUGAGAAGAUCUAUGCCAACUUCUUCCCUAACUCUGACCCUAAAGUGUAUGCCCGGCACGUCUUCCGGAGCUUUGACACCAAUGAUGAUGGGACCCUUGACUUCCGGGAGUACAUAAUUGCCCUCCACCUCACCUCAUCUGGAAAGACUGACCUCAAGCUCGAGUGGGCCUUCUCGCUCUUCGAUGUUGACCGCAAUGGAGAGAUCAGUAAGAAUGAGGUUCUUGAGAUCAUCUCGGCCAUAUUUAAGAUGAUUCCCCCGGAAGAGCAGAAGAGCCUGCCUGAAGAUGAAAAUACCCCUCAGAAACGGGCCGACAAGCUGUGGACAUAUUUCAAAAAGGGAGAGACUGAUAAAAUUGCCGAACAGGAAUUUAUUUCAGGGGUGAUGAAGAACGAUGCAAUAAUGAAGCUCAUCCAGUACGAGCCCAGGAAAAAAUAG